UGUCCUAUAGGCUUGGCCGGCUGUUGCCCGUGCGUGUAUUAGGACUAGUCUUUCCUAACAAUGUCGGAGGCGAAUAUCUUGAAAAUCAUUUGCGGUAACGGAGGGGCGAUAUAUUAUGAGAGACUCCUUGAAUUAGCUUCCGGCUUUCCAGAUAUAAACUGCUUUGAAUUUGAUUCUCUCAUCGAAAAUGAUCAGUUAUUCUCUCUGACGGAGAACAGUGGCGUCAAACAAGUACUAGCCAAAACAAACGUCAGACUCUGCAAAGUGAGAGACUGCACUGGCUGUAAAAAUCUUCAUCUUUGUAAGUUUUAUCUACAUGGAGAAUGCAAAGGAAGACGCUGUGGUUACGGACACAAUUUAAACUCGCACCACAACGCCAAAGUUCUCUCAGAACAUCAACUACAGAGGCUUAGCAGAGCAGAGAUCAGACAGUUACUUUUGCACAAUGACAGCCCACAUUCCCUGCUUCCACCGCUUUGUAUGAGUUACAACCAUGGUGAGGGUGACUAUGGCCGAUGUGAUGACAAGGAUAACUGCACGAGGCUUCACAUCUGCGAGGGCUACAUCCAAGGCACCUGCGACUCUGGCGACUGCGGCCGGUCACAUGACUUCUUCGAGCCCCACCCGAUGAGGACCCUGCGGGGGAGGGGUGUGCCCAGCGGAAUGGUUGGAUCCAUGCUCUCCGUCUACCGGAACAUCUUGGUGCUCAGGGGCACUCUGAAGUCCAAUGCUGGGGCCAAGAACAGAAGUGGCAGAAGGGGUAAAGGAGGAGGCGCCACCACUACCAGUGGUGUGGCUAAAGACGAAAGCAGUCCAGCACGGCCAGGUAACUGCUUUGAUCUGACCCCACAUUGC